AUGCCGACGAAACGUUUGGGAAUGUACCCAUCCAAUGGACCACUUCUGGAAUUCACGAAUACUAUGUCAGAGGACCCGGGAAAUGACUCAGCAUCCUCUGGCUUCUUAAACGGAGAUAGCAUGCCGCAGCACACAUUUCAUGUGCACCACGGGGUCCAUCAGCAACUGCAACAUCAAAAUGUUGGUUCUAUCUCCGUUAGAGCCGGCCAACCAUCAUCUCUCACCGGGCUCACCACUUCUGGUACUCUCACUUCGCCGCCAGCCAGCCAUCUACCGAUCGCCAGCACUGGAUGGGCCUCUAGUGCAGGAGCCUCAUCUGCGUCUUCUGGGAUCAUCCCUUCCACAAGCGUUUCCUCGGGGCUGCCAUCCCUUCAGCCUGCCUUCACAUCAAGCUCCUCCUCUACAGCUGUCUCAACACCACUUCAAACUACUUGCAACGACACGCUGGCUGGUGAAGGAGCUUUGCACGCAUCAAUUUCACCUGUUUCUGAACAGCUCCGCGCGGCGCGUGUGCAGAUCUCGCGGCUUGAACAGGAGUUACGUGCAUUUCGUAUCCAAGCGGCAUCCAUAGCGGAGAACUCUGAAGCUCGGAGUCCCUUAGAAACGGUAUCCCAGACAACUCGCUCUAAAGGGGCUAUUGGUCAAUGUGAGGAUAGCUGA